AUGCGUAAGAUGGCUUCCUUCGUUAAUACUAUUGUUGAUAUGCAAAUCGAUUCUUCAGCUAAUAACACGAAUCCAGCUGCAGUUAUACCAAAAUCGAUGGUAUUAUUUGUUGAUAACCAAAAGACUAAUUUAAAACAGAUAGCAAAUAAUUUUUUUACACGACAUUUUGAAGUUCGAACAAGAGAUCGUGAGAAAAAAUUGAAUGUUGUUCAACUUAUGUCAGAGUAUGAUGGAAAUUUCUCUACACCAGCUUGUUAUCUCCGAUUUUAUCUGAACCGUGCAGCAAAAUUUAUUCGAUAUGCUGAAGAAUUAGGACGGUUGAAGGAUAAUCAGGAAAUUUAUCGACUUAAUUGUAUAAGUAUCUAUAAAGGUUUUAUUCAACGUUACUCAGAUUUAAUUGGAUCAAUUCAAAAUCAUGAAACUGCAUGCGAUAGACGUUUAUUUCGACGUUCCAUCGAGCGAAUGCAACAUGAACUUGCUCAUGUACCCCUCAAUUUACAUUUGCAACAGUUAUUAGUUAGUUGCGGGGAUGAUCCUUCACAAAAAUUUAUGUAUAAUACGAUUACAUUGGGUGCACCUGCUGUGCAUCAUUCUCAUUUUACUCAUGGUGGUCUAGAACGAAUCAAAACGAAUGAACACGAACUCAAUAAACAUUUAUCGUAUUUACACGAUAAAUUACAAGAUAUUCUUAUUUUCAACAGUGAUAUUGAGGAUGAACUUGAAUAUUUAUCACAAAUAAUGGCCAAUCCAUCAACAAAUAUAGAUCAUUCCAUACUUAAAUUAUCUCUUCAAAGGGUUAUUCGAGCUGUCGACUCUUUACUCCAAUAUGCCAGCAAAGAUCUUGACACUACAGAUAGCUCAACAACAGAAAUAGUUGUUCAUCCAUUGAUACCAACAAUAUCUACUGAAGAAGUUUUGGCAUCAAAAGAUAAAAUACACGAAAAAGCAAAAAUAUUUCUGGAAGAAACCAAAGAAUCUCUGAAUAAUGAUAAACAAAUAUUUGGAGUGGCACAGCUGAAUAAUUUACAAUCAAUUGCUAAUGAACUAGAAUCUCAUACAUGUAAGCAUAUAAUGCGACAUAUAUUUCAAGAAAGUAUGGAAAUCGAACGUUACUCUCAAAGUUAUCGUGAACGUUUUGAUAUUGCCUUUUCUCAGACGCUAACUUGCCUCAUAUUCUCUAUUUCUGUUCUUCUGUCGUCGACUAACAUAAGUGAUCAAACAUGGAACCUUUACAUUAGCAAUGGUGAGUGCACAGACGCGUGUGAGAAAAAAAAGCAACAGAAUAGUGUAUUAGAUUAUUCGUUAAAUACAUUUUGA